AUGGCAACCCCUGCUGUGGAGAAAGGGACAGGGUCUCUGCAGGGCAGAGUCUCUUCAGACGGGGCCGGCGGCUUGUUGCAGGUCAGCUCGGGGAGGGCCCUGAACGCCUCCUGGCAGCUCUGCAGGAAGAGUCCCACAGACACAGUUCACCUGCGGCCCGACGGCAUCGAUCUACGGCUCCUCCGGCUCCUCGCGUGUCGCCUCCUCUUUCAUUUCUACGUCACUGUGGAGGUCAGAGCUCAGAGGUCAGAGGUCAUGGCGGCCGGACCGCAGAGGGAACGCGUCUCCCCGACGUGCGCCGUGAGUGUUUCCAACCAAUCAGCAUCCAGCAAACUCUGGCACACUCACCUUCAUCUACCUGUCCCUUUCUCCACAGCAGGGGUUGCCAUGGCAGCACAGCUGCAUCAGGACCAGUUAUCACUGACCAGCAGAACCAAUGAGAAAGUCUCCUUCAGAUACAUUCAACAACACACACAGGUUUUUGUCACAGCACUUUUCACUGUGGGGGGCAAGAUCUUUGGCUCAGGCACCAGACUGUAUGUAACAGGUCGUCCAGUUGUGCCGCCCAAAGUGAGCAUCUACCCAGCGACCAGAGCCGACUCAAACAAGAACAGCUCCCUGCUGUGUCUGGCCACAUCCAUGUUUCCUCCUGAGGUCCAGUUCUCUUGGAGGACAAAGGACAACAAGAGGACAAUUCCUGAGGGAGAGCGAAUGGAGCUCAGAGAGGAAGAGCAUGCCGCCUCCAUCGUGCUGAUCGAUCAGGAGGAGCUCAUCACGUAUCAAUACAUCUGCUCCGUCAAACACCAAGGGGGCACGGUGGAGGCCAAGAUACCACCAGAGCUUCCAGCGUCAGCAGCCUCCAUCCCUCCAGUCACAGACACAGCAGAGCCGCCAGCCGGGGAGCAAAGUGACGUGUCCUUCCAGUUCCAGUGCAGGGUGAAGCUGCUCUCUCUGGUUUCCACAAUGAUGAUAGUGAAGAGCAUGGUGUACUGCUGUGGACUCUCUCUCCUGAUCAUCCACAGAAACAAGGGACCUGCUGACUGACUGUCCUGCAGCGCCGCUUGAUGAUGUCAUCACUGACUGUCCUGCAGCGUCGCCUGAUGAUGUCAUCACUGAGCGAAGUGUCAUCAGUUAAUUGCAUUUCCUGUUUUGCUCAGUUGUUGGAAACGUUGUCACUUUA